CGGAGCCGGCGUCAGGUUUUCGACGGCAGUAUCGCCUUUGACGUCGCUAGGAGCUUUUAAAAUCCGUUCGGACACAUAAUUGCGUUGACAGAUCGUCGUUCGCGGGAUUUUCUUUAAUGAAUUACAGUGCGAUGCAUUCUAUGAACGAUCCCACGUCAGCCCUGGCCGGGAUGCUUCCCUUCGAGAGUAUCGGUCUCUAUGAACAGCCUAAGCCUAGGUUCAUCUUCAAGAUGCCUAGGGUGGUGCCCGACCAGAAGGCCAAGUUCGAGUCCGACGAACUUUUCAGGAGGCUGAGCAGAGAGAGCGAGAUUAGAUACACCGGCUGUAGAGACCGAGGCCAAGAGGAAAGACAGGCAAGGUUUCAACAUGGAUGUCGCGAAGGUCACACAGAAAUUGCUUUUGCAGCCACUGGAACCAACCUCCAGUUGGUAUUCACUCCUCCAGCAUCUGGAUAUGUACCCGAUAAAGAAUGUGAUUUCGAUAAAGAACCAGGCAAAGUUCACAUCAAAUCCUCCUUCAUAAUGAACGGCGUCUGCGUCAGAUGGAGGGGCUGGAUCGAUCUGGAGCGUCUGGACGGCGUCGGUUGCCUGGAGUUCAACGAGGAGAGGGCAGCACAGGAGGACGCGCUUUUGCGCGAACAGAUCGAACGAUAUAAUCAGCGAUUGCGUGAAUUCGAGGACAAGCAGAGGGGUUACCGUCAACAGGACAGGCCGGAUCAAGACCUGGAGGUUCGCGUAGGCGCCGUGCAAUCCAGGAAUUACAUGAAGAUGUAUUAGGGAUAUAGAUAAACCGGCCUAUAAUUGUAGAUGUCCUGUUGAAUCUAGAGGUGAUCGUUUGAUGGAGAUAUUGUGAUGUGGUAUAUUUAUUUCAGCAAUGACAUGACGUCACUGAUGACGUAUGCGAGAUGCCAACUGUAUCCAUCUUGAAAACGCACACAAAACCAGGCAAUUUCUAAAGUUUGUGCCGUCAACUAUUAGUUAUGUUACUGAUGUACUCAUUCAAAUUCAAUAAGUAAGCUGUGAUGAAUAAAUUAAUUAUUAGUUUUGGUGCCUACUUUCCCGAUAUGUAGCAAUGAUUAAAAAAAAUUCGAUAAACUCGUAAGACCAUUACAAAAAAGUAGGACUACAUGGAACAGCCUGUAUCUUGAAAACAAAGCGUUUUCGGGUCCAUGUUUAAAGGACUUUUAUUCAUGAAAUUUACCAAGGGAUCUCUCGUUUUCAUUUGCAUCACCAAUUUUGAAACACCCUGUGUAUCGUCAACUGUUGUGCAGUUUUGAAACAUCGGUGAAUUGAUAACUUUGUAAUGUUUGUUUUAUUGAAUAUUAUUAUUCACGUUUCUUGAAGGCCUUUCAGAAGCCUGAUGUUUGUGCGUGUUAUAAUAUAUAAUGAGUGAUUAUUCUUCAAAUGGAAAAAGUGACAUGACUAUUUGUCCAUUUCAGCGCCCAUAUGUUGUCAUAUUAAUAGAGAACGUCUUUUGAUAAUUCAGAAGGUGGUAGAAACUCAAAAUUCAUAUGAAUACCGAUAUUUUCAUUACUAUCUAUAAUUCCAAUCUAACAACCUCUUGAAAUAAAAUAUCGGUCAAUUUAGCAUGAUUAAUAAAAUUUGUGUAAUACAAGCAUACCAAAUGAAUAAAUACAGACACAUUCGUUUCGCGCAUAUUUUCAAACUAGUGUCAUUACAAUUUCUUCUGUGACGAUCACCUCUUGACUAAUUCCUAUUUAGAUGUGAUUUCACUAAGAUUGCUAUCCUUUUGAUUAUAUGUAUAUGUGGUUGAAAAAGAGCUGAAAUCUGAACAUGUAACUAACUGAUAUUUAUUUUUUCCAUUAUGUUUUUUUUGUUGGUUUUGUUAUAUAUGAAAUAUUUAAAAAAUUAUUUCGCUUAUUGGUAUGUAAAUAUAGAAGAAUACCAUUCUGUUGUAAAGGUACGUAAAAUAUUAUGUAAAUAUUGAAAUAAAACAGUUUACUUAAA